AUGGAGAUAUCUCGCUGCGGUCUAGGCGUUUUAGAACCCAAGUUCCACCGUCCUACCAGCCUCGAAGCUAUCCAGGAGGACUUUUACAACAAAGGCGUAGCAUUCAUCGAGGGAUGCGAUGAAGAGUCUUUGACAAAGCUCGCACACCAGUUUGGGGACAUUGUCCGCCCGCGCAACGAGGUCAAUGGCGCUGGUAUCAGCAACAUUCGUUUCGCGCCCUCGUUGGCUGGAAAGGGGUAUAGUUCCGAGGAGCUGUACUUCCACACUGACCGCAGCGGCUGGGAACGUCCUCCCCGCAUCAUCAUGUCUACCCUAACUAGAAAAUCGACAGCUGGAGGCGAGUCCCUGCUAGCAGACACCACUCGCAUCAUCAAAGACGUCAAAGAGCAGGGAGACGGGCUCUACGAGCUACUCACCAGUCUGAAACACGCAAGCUUCCGCUCAGACGAUGGCGUGUUUGUGCCCCGUCCUAUCUUCGACGAGUCCUCGGGUCUGUUUCGCUUCCGCUUCGACGACAACAUUCAGCUCUCUGCCUCGCUGGUAGUUCGCUUCCAACAGCUGUUGGACAUUCUCUACCGCAAUUCAUUUGCAGUCGCCUUGCAGGACGGUCAGGGCUAUCUGCUGGAUAAUCACCGGUUCCUGCACGGACGUACUUCAUUCACUGGCGCGCGGGAGAUGCUCAGAGCUCUCGUUAAUCUUUCGCCCCCAGUGCCCGUUGUUACCGUCUUGUUCGACAUUGACGGAACCCUCUGCCGCUCUGAAGAGAUGAGCGUCGAUGCGUAUUACUCUUGCAUCAGCGAUAUCGUUGGCAAGCCGAUCAGCCACGCGAAUACUACCGUGAAUCUACACGGAAGGACAGAUCUAGGUCUGCUCCACGAUGUCCUCGAUUACCAUGCCGUCGACAACAAGGCCUCCGUCAUCGAACAGUUCUUUCAACUGCACCCUUCAUACCUACAGAAAUCCGCCGGCAAGGGCCUACUGUCCGUCCCCUGUCCUGGGGCAAAAGACACUCUGGAGUGGCUAGCAACCAGGAAGAACAACGUUAAUCCCAACAGCAGUUCCCCCACCCUUCGCAUUGGCCUUAUGACCGGAAACUCCCGCCCAAACGCCCUCCUCAAGCUCACCGCUGCGGGAAUCAGCACAUCCAUAUUUGACCUCAGCAUCUCCGCAUUCGGGGACACGCACAUGGACCGUCUCUCUCUGAUCCAAGACUCGGUGACUAAGCUCCGCGCGAUAGACGGUCAGAAUUUCCAGGGAAGUAAAGUCAUCAUCGUCGGUGAUACCCCUUUGGAUAUCGAGUGCGCCAAGCAGGCCGGUUGCGCGGUUGUCGCUGUUGCCAGUGGUAAUUACGGCAUGGACGAGUUGGCAGUGCUGGAGCCGGAUCAUGCUUGUAUGAGACUUAGUGACUCCAAGGCGUAUCUUGAUUCUUGUCUUGGGGCGUCGGUACAGGCGGCGUAGACGGCGCCGGUGUCUAUGGUUGGCGGAUAGGGGGUGUUUCAUUCGACCAGG